GUGCAAGAUUCCUUCAUGACUUACACAGUGUAUGAUGACACCAUCACCCUGAAGCUUAUCCAGGAGGCCUGCAACGUUCUAGGUGUCUCCAUGGAAGUGAUUCUGAAACUCUUUGGAGAAUACUUCUUCAAAUUCUGUAAAAUGUCUGGCUAUGACAGGAUGUUACGGACACUGGGAGGAAAUCUCAUGGAGUUUAUUGAAAAUCUAGAUGCCCUCCAUAGCUACCUUGCUCUCUCUUAUCAGGAGAUGAAUGCACCAUCCUUUCGUGUGGAGAAAGGAGCAGAUGGGAAGAUGCUUCUCCAUUACUACUCUGACAGAAGUGGUCUAUGUCACAUUGUACCAGGUAUCAUUGAGGCUGUUGCCAAAGAUUUCUUUGACAGUGAUGUGACCAUGGAAAUCCUUGACAUGAAUAAGGAAGAGGAGAGGACAGGGAAGAAGGAGCAUGUGGUGUUUCUGAUUGUGCAGAAGUCUCACAGACAGAUGAGGAAGGCAAAGGCAAACAAUUCACAAGCCAGUCAAGACAUCCAGAGAGACCAAGAGGCUCUAGAGGCAGCUUUCCUUAGGAUGAAGGAGAAAUAUUUGCGUAUCUCUGUUGGCUCUGUGAAGAGACCCCGCUGGGAAAUUUUGAGAAGUAUAGUCCUGUUUGGAAAAGGGCACCUUGUGAACACCUUUGUGCCGGUUUAUCCCAAAAGGCUCUGGAUUGAAGAGAAGACAUUCUGCAAUGCUUUUCCUUUUCAUAUUGUAUUUGAUGAAGCACUGAGGGUCAAGCAAGCCGGAGUGAAUAUUCAGAAGUAUGUCCCAGGACUUCAAACUUGCAAGAUUGGACUAGAUGAGUAUUUCUCCAUCAUCCAUCCCCAAGUUACCUUCAACAUUUUCAGCAUCUGCAAAUUUAUCAACAGUCAAUUUGUCUUGAAGGCACGAAGAGAAAUGAUGCCUGAAGCAUGGAAGAGUCAGCCCACGCUCAAACUCCGAGGCCAGAUGAUCUGGAUGGAUUCCAUACAGUGCAUGAUGUACAUGUGCUCCCCCAAGCUCCGGAGCCUGGAAGAGCUAGAGGAGCGCAAGAUGCACCUUUCCGAUAUUGCCCCCCACGACACCACCCGGGACCUCAUCCUCCUGAACCAGCAGCGGCUGGCUGAGAUUGAGCUGUCCAACCAGCUGGAGAGGAAGAAGGAGGAGCUACGUAUCCUCUCCAAGCACUUGGCUAUAGAAAAGAAGAAAACAGAGACCUUACUUUAUGCUAUGCUGCCUGAACAUGUGGCCAACCAACUGAAGGAGGGCAAGAAGGUUGCUGCAGGAGAAUUUAAAACCUGCACAAUCCUUUUCAGUGAUGUGGUGACAUUUACGAACAUCUGUGCUGCCUGUGAACCUAUCCAGAUUGUGAAUAUGCUGAAUUCAAUGUACUCCAAGUUUGACAGAUUAACCAAUGUCCAUGACGUCUACAAAGUGGAAACUAUAGGAGAUGCUUACAUGGUGGUAGGGGGUGUACCAGUGCCUACUGGAAGCCAUGCUCAGAGAGUGGCUAACUUUGCCUUGGGAAUGAGAAUUUCUGCAAGAGAAGUGAUGAAUCCUAUUACUGGAGAGCCCAUCCAGAUCAGAGUGGGGAUCCACACAGGACCCGUCUUAGCAGGUGUUGUGGGAGAUAAGAUGCCUCGGUACUGCUUGUUUGGUGAUACUGUGAAUACAGCUUCUAGGAUGGAAAGUCAUGGUCUUCCCAACAAGGUGCACCUCAGCCCCACAACCUACAAAGCCCUGGAAAAUCAAGGGUUUGAAAUCAUUGAGAGGGGUGAGAUUGAAGUGAAAGGCAAAGGGAAAAUGACCACAUACUUUCUGGUCCAGAACUUGAAUGCCUCAGAGGAUGAGAUCAUGGGCCGACCUCAGACUCUGCUUCAUCAUAACGAAGCAAGUGCUCAGGGGAAGCAAGACAGUAAAACUAUUGUGGUCAUGAGUUAUGCAGAUAACCGAAAGCUGCUCCCCAAAAGUAACACAGCAGAUGAUCCUGAGGCAUUGGCACCUGGCGGUCGUGUGGUGACAGAACAGGAGCCCACAGAGGCAGCGGAUGGACUGAGGUCUUCAAGUCCCACAGAGGCUCAUCCUUUUCUCAGUGACACUCUGACAUCUGGUUUCUGUACCUUGUUGUAACCGAGGGAAAAUGAACUCCUUGGCCCAAUUUACCCCUUUCUCUGUUUUAUGGUGGCAAUGAAGAGUGACUUCAUUUCUCAGCUCAAAAUUUCUUAGGCUCCUUGUCUUCCUCACUGUCCCUUGACAAUAAAAGUCUACAAAUGGAACACAA